AUGGCGAAACCCGAGACAGUAUCAUACGAGGAGAGUCGUAGGCAGAGGAUGGAGGAAAACAAGAAGAGAAUGGAGGCGCUCAACCUGCCUCAGCUUUCUCUUGCUCUUAAAACCUCUUCCUCUCCUAAACCCUCCCCUAUGAAGCGGACCCCCAAGCCGAAGGCCGAGAAGCAGAUGGAUGUUGUUGAGCGAGUGGUGAUACCGAGAAGGUAUUCUGGUUCUACUUCUAAGCAUAGGGAUCUGUCGAAUAGGGUGUAUGCUUCGUAUGAAGAUAGAACGGAUGCUAUGGCGAAAGCUGAGAAAUUGGAGUCGGAUUUGGGGUCUGAUUACCCGACCCUUGUGAAAACAAUGCUCCAAUCACAUGUCACUGGUGGAUUCUGGCUGGGUCUUCAAGUCCAAUUCUGCAAGGAUUAUCUCUCAAAGAAAGAUGAAAUUAUGACAUUGGUAGACGAAGAGGGUAAUGAGUACGAGACUAUUUACUUGGCCCGGAAGACAGGACUAAGCGGUGGGUGGAAAGGAUUUGCAGUAGCUCAUGAUUUGGUGGAUGGGGAUGCAGUGGUCUUUCAAUUAAUCAAGCCUACAACAAUGAAGGAUUUGGAUUGA